AUGGCGUCUGGAGCCUUCUUCAACCCCAGGGUUCUUCUUCUGACUGCUCCCCUCGUCUCAUCAAGCAUAACCCUCUGGUUCGCGCGCGACCAAAGCUUCUUCCUCUCCCUCUUAACCCAACCCCCGAUCGGACGCAAGACAGCAAACGAGAUACUCCCGGGCUACAUCGCCAACUUCUACGGCUCAGGCCCCUGGGCGGUCCUCACCUUUAUUGGCCUCACAUUCAGCACCUCCAUCGCCAACAUCUGGCGUGACCGUGCUCUGCUGGAGUCUCGCGGGUCGCUGGUCUGGUACGGCUGCUCGGCUGCCCUGGCGCUGGGUCAUUUGACUUAUGUGCCUGCCGUGGCGGGAAAGCUCAAGGCCCUGUGGGAGGAUAACUGUGCAGUGGAGGGGACGGAUGGCGUUGGGAUGCUGGAGAGGUGGGUGAGUGUUAAUAACACGAGGAUGUUUACUACUGAUCUUGGAGCUUGGGUUUGUGCUGUUGUGGCCAUUUCCAAGACGUUGUCAGUGUGA